AUGGCACCGUAUGUGGAGGAACCGCCUGAGGCGUCUCUCAACGCGCCGUCCAAGAUGGCGCCCAAUCUUGUGGCCCCCGAGCCAGAGCACUGCCCAGGUCCUGAAUCCGAAAAGGCUGGCCAAGGCGAUGCCUGCGCCGGUUGCCCCAAUCAGCAAAUCUGCGCCUCUACACCCAAGGGCCCCGAUCCCGACAUCCCAAUCAUCACCGAGCGGCUGUCGCAAAUCCGACACAAGAUCCUCGUGCUGUCCGGAAAAGGAGGAGUGGGCAAGUCGACAUUCACAAGCCUCCUGGCACAUGCGUUCGCAGCCAACCCAGACUCGACUGUCGGCAUCAUGGACACAGAUAUCUGCGGGCCGUCCAUCCCAAAGAUGAUGGGGGUCGAGUCGGAGACCAUCCACGUGAGCAACGCUGGCUGGAGCCCCGUGUGGGUGACAGACAACCUGGGCGCGAUGAGCGUGCAGUUCAUGCUGCCCAACCGGGAUGACGCAGUGAUCUGGCGCGGGCCCAAAAAGAACGGGCUGAUCAAGCAGUUCCUCAAAGACGUCGACUGGGGCGAGCUGGACUAUUUGAUCGUGGACACGCCGCCCGGCACCUCGGAUGAACACCUGUCGGUCAACUCGCUCCUGAAAGAAUCCGGCGUCGACGGCGCCGUGGUGGUCACCACCCCGCAGGAGGUGUCGCUGCUGGACGUCCGCAAGGAGGUCGACUUUUGUCGCAAGGCUGGUAUCCGUGUACUGGGCCUGGUCGAGAAUAUGUCGGGCUUUGUCUGCCCCAACUGCACGCAUGAGUCGCAAAUUUUCCGCGCCAGUACCGGCGGCGGUCGCCGUCUGGCUAAGAAGAUGGGUAUUGCAUUCCUGGGGGCUGUUCCGCUGGACCCGCGAGUCGGCAUGGCGUGCGAUUUCGGCGAGAGUUUCGUGGAGAGCUUCCCCGACAGUCCUGCGUCCAAGGCCAUCAAGCGCGUCGUGCGUUCUGUAGGUGAGGCUGUCGGUGAGAACGCCGACGACGUUCUCCCCGAGGACAUGGUCGAGUGA